UUAGGAGCCCACUUGAGUGGGAUUGCGGCCAUCACGGGGUUAAUAUGGUAUCAGGUGCUGGUUUAUGGGUUGUAGUUAGUCUAUGUUUGCAGGUAAUUCCUAGGUACUGUUCCUUUAAUUCUGGGAUCAUCAGCCAGCCAAUGGGAUGCGACGGAAGCUUCUGGGAGCAGGAAAGGCUUUAUAAGGACUGGCUGGGCUGGGAAUCUCCCUCUUUUCCCUUGGCAGCAGCAGCUGAAGAACUUGGACUUCCUGGUUUAGCUGCCCCUCUCUCUAAAGGUAUGGAGUCUCUCUUUAAGAAACUUUUAGAGAAGGCAGGCAGCGAAGGGGGGGAAGAAUGGCUCAAGCGCUGUUUAACUAUGGGGGACAUUGUCCCUGAAGAACAGACAGCCGGAGUGGAGACAGGCGCUGGGUUUAUGUUACCCACUGAGCAGCAGGGAGAGAGUGCGUCUGCAAGUGAGGAGCCCCCUGUCAGAGCGCGGAGGAGUCAGCCUCCUGAGCGUACAAGGGAAUCCCUACCAACUGAAGAGGAGGAGCGGAGGCGCGGCAUGGGCGAGGAGGAAGAUGGCGGGGGCGUUCCAGCAAGUGUGCGCCGUUCAGGACGGCAGAAGAGGAACCUUUCACAGUCACCUGCGAGGGGAAAAGCCAGGGGAGGCAGAGCAGCGCAGCCCAGUGCAAGCGUGGGGAGGGGGCGCCCGCUCCCCCCACGUCCACCCAUUCAGCAACAGGUCCCUCUGAGGGGACAGGAGCAGCAAGUCUUACCUGUCAGGCUGGAGCCUGCAGCGUCUAUGCAGAGAGGAGAACCCGGUCCAGCCGUCAAUGCACAGCCUCAAGCAGUGGGUCAGCCCCGCACAAUUUGGAUUCUGGGACAUUCCUACAUUCACUGGGCGCAUAAGAGAGCGGCCUUGCGUAGGUAUUCAACGAAUUUAUCGCUUUGUCCGGAAUCAUUCCAGGUUUUUUGGAAAGGUGUGCGGGGACUUCAGUGGCACCAACUUUACUUUCACUUAAGUGGGCUUAGUCAGCGUUGGCCUAAGCCGGAUGUAUUAUUAGUUCAUGCAGGUGGGAACGAUUUGGGCAAAGUAAGGACUUUGGAUUUGCUAUUUUUGAUCCAAAGGGAUCUGCAGCGGUUUUCACUAGCCUCUCCAGGCACUAUUUUAAUUUUCUCAGAAAUCAUUCCACGCUUCUCUUGGCUCUCCUCUCCGCAGAGGAGGGCCAUGGAGAAGAUGAGGAAGCGGAUAAAUCGGGCCAUGUACAAGUUCAUGCCACAAAUUGGUGGUUUGUCUUACAGGCACGUUGAUUUAGAGGGGGGCUUUACCGGGUUAUACAGGCAGGAUGGCGUCCACCUCUCGGACGUGGGUAUCGAUAUUUUUAAUUUGGGAUUGCAGUAUGGAAUUGAGCAGGCCGCGGAGGUGGGGUGGGGCCGGGCAUGAUGCUCAUACCCGGCUUGUGGGACGUGAUAUGUCAAUUAAUGAUUUAAAUACUGCUCGAGUUACAAAAACUGAGCAGUUGCACAUAUUUUGGUUUUGCUUGAUUAAUGGCAAAUUUUUGAUAUUUGAAGUUAUGAAUUAAAAUGAUUUUGUUGAAUUUAAAAUGCUUUGUGUUUAAACCAAUAAAGUUACCGCGGCCUUUAUUCGCCAAUGGUGGGUCAGUGUGUUUAUUUGCUAUGGUGCCUGGAGUAAGGUUGUUGGGUAAAGAGUAUGGCCUACAGUCCCAUAAGAAAGGGGGCACAUUAGGAGCCCACUUGAGUGGGAUUGCGGCCAUCACGGGGUUAAUAUGGUAUCAGGUGCUGGUUUAUGGGUUGUAGUUAGUCUAUGUUUGCAGGUAAUUCCUAGGUACUGUUCCUUUAAUUCUGGGAUCAUCAGCCAGCCAAUGGGAUGCGACGGAAGCUUCUGGGAGCAGGAAAGGCUUUAUAAGGACUGGCUGGGCUGGGAAUCUCCCUCUUUUCCCUUGGCAGCAGCAGCUGAAGAACUCCCUCCCUCCUCCCCUGUCGCGGUAAAUUUUAUGUGGUAGGCGUCACCUUGGGAGUCCAAGGGGGACGUGAUAUGUCAAUUAAUGAUUUAAAUACUGCUCGAGUUACAAAAACUGAGCAGUUGCACAUAUUUUGGUUUUGCUUGAUUAAUGGCAAAUUUUUGAUAUUUGAAGUUAUGAAUUAAAAUGAUUUUGUUGAAUUUAAAAUGCUUUGUGUUUAAACCAAUAAAGUUACCGCGGCCUUUAUUCGCCAAUGGUGGGUCAGUGUGUUUAUUUGCUAUGGUGCCUGGAGUAAGGUUGUUGGGUAAAGAGUAUGGCCUACAGUCCCA